UACUUUUGAAAACCAACGUAACUCAGUUCGUUUGGGUAUUUCGAUGGAACAAGUCAAAAAUGAGCGGUGAAGUGAAAGGUCAAAGUGAGGAAUCGCCAUUUCUGGUUGAUGCAAUUAAGAUUUCAGUUAAAGAUAAAGAAAAACAGGAAGAAAAGGAUACAGAAACACGACAUGAAAACAAGGAUAUUACCAGUGGAUUUUGGAUAUUUAAGGGGCCUCUGCUACAAAGAUGUGCCACUGAAACAACAUAUGUUGCUAUCUAUGGUAUCGCUGGACUAAUUUUAGCAAUGUCAUUUACUUAUUUUAAUGGUACAAUGACAACUUUGGAAAAACGAUACAAAAUUCCAACAAAAAUAUUUGGUGUAAUUACGAUAGGAAAUGAUAUAACCGCAAUGAUCGGAUCGGUUUUUGUUGGAUAUUAUCUACAAAAAGUGCAUCGACCACGUUGGAUGGCCUUAGGUUGCUUAAUAACGGUCACAUUUUCCCUAAUGAAUCUCUGUCUACAUUUUAUUUACGGAGCCGGCGCAGAUGCUUUAAGUCUGACCCACGAGUUUGGAAAUCUUAAAGAUAUAAACGGAAAUGUGACAAUUUCGAAAUCAAGUCAAAAAUUUUGCACCUCUGAAGAUUCAACUUGUUUGACAGACACCGAUUCGUGGGCACCAAUAAUAAUAUUAUUUAUAGCACAGCUGAUUUUGGGAAUCGGUUCAUCUAUUUAUUGGAUUACGGGUAUUGCCUACAUGGAUGACAACAGUAAGAAGUCGAGAGCACCUGCCAUGCUGACUUUCUCCACAUGUAUUCGAAUGUUGGGCCCGGCUGGCGGAUAUCUGCUGGCAUCCAUGUGCUUAAAGAUGUAUAUAGAGCCAAGUUUGAGUCCAGUAAUAAUGCCCGAGGAUCCAAGAUGGCUGGGCGCCUGGUGGAUCGGCUAUAUAGUAUUGGCAAUCUGUACAAUAUUAAUCGCAUUUGUGAUAUCUCUCUUUCCGAAAGAGUUGCCUAGCUCCAAGGCCAGACGUCUGAAACUGGCUAAGGCUAAUGAAAAGGAUCCAAAUGAGCACCAGGAUCUUUCACUGCAAAAUAUGUGGAAAUCGUCUAAAGACUUGUUGAACAACAAACUUUAUUUGUACAAUUUAUACGCCUCAAUCGUGUACUUCUUUGGCUAUAAUGUCUAUUGGAAUUUCUCGCAGAAGUAUAUUGAGAUCCAAUAUCGUCAGUCGGCAUCUGGAGCCUCAAUGGCUACAGGACCCGUAGCUCUUGGAUUCUCUGCUGUGGGUGUACUUCUCUCCGGCUACGUACUGUCCAAAUAUAAGCCGAAGGCUCGCUCUAUUGCCGUUUGGAAUGUCGUAGUCGAUUUCCUGACUGUUGCCGGCAUCGUCUGUUAUGCAUUUAUUGGAUGUAAGGCCAGCGAUCAGUUAGGAUCCAUGGCGACCACCAGUGAGUGUAGUGCCGCCUGCCAUUGUGAGUAUGUCCACUAUGCUCCGAUCUGUAGUCCCAACAAUGUCACCUAUAUAUCCGCCUGCCAUGCCGGAUGCACUGGCAAAUCCAAGGACCUCCAAGGACAUACCAUGUACACAGGUUGUGGUUGUAUAACCGGACUGAACAGCACAGAAAUCUCAGGAGAUAUAUCCCAUAUGCUCACUGCACUCGAUGGUCCCUGUCCGGUUGACUGCUCCAAACAGUUUUACACUUUCCUGGUGGUCAUGUGUUUCCUUAAGUUCGUCGGAGCAUUUGGUAAAUCGGGCAGCUUUCUUCUAACGUUACGUUGUGUGCCGCCAGAUCAGAAAAGCUUUGGAUUGGGACUUCAUGGUAUGAUUUGUUCACUGUUCGCUUUUAUACCCAGUCCAAUAUUCUUUGGCUGGCUAAUUGAUAAAUAUUGCCUGCUAUGGGGUAAAACCUGCGGUAAUCAAGGCAAUUGUUGGCUGUACGAUACACAGGCACUCAGAUAUGUGCUCAAUUUUACGGCAGGAGCAUUUUUACUUGCGGGCGGAUUGUUUAAUAUUUUUGUUUGGUAUUAUGCUAAGGAUCUGCAAAUAUUCGAUGAUAAUGAAAAGAAGACAACUGAAGAUAAUUAUUUAAAUGAUGAUCGCAAUGCACUUCAACUAAAAAUAAGAAAAGAAAAACAGUAGAAUUAGUUAUAACAUGAAUUGAACAAUAAAAAUCUUAAUUUCUACUUGCGCAA